CUUUAUUCAUUUAUAGUCGCAUCAAACUGUCUGCUUUCUCUACCUCAUUGUUUGCAAAACCCCUGUUUCAGAUCACCACUCCUCCUAGAUUAGGGUUUUUCCUAAUUCAGUUUCCAUCAAUUCUUCUUCGUCUUUUCAUUUCCUCUCAUCGAUUGUAAGCUUAGGUUUUCACUGCAAUCUUAUAUACCUAGAACUCGUCAUUUCUGCCGGAUCUCGUUCGAUGGAUACUCGCAAGAGGGGAAGGCUCGAACUCGGUUUCAACUCCAAUGGUGGAUUUAAGAAAUCCAAGCAAGAAAUGGAGUCCUUGUCAACUGGUGUAGGAAGCAAAUCAAAGCCUUGUACCAAGUUUUUCAGCACUUCUGGUUGUCCGUUUGGUGAGAGCUGCCACUUCCUGCAUUACGUUCCUGGUGGCUAUAAUGCUGUUGCCCAUAUAAUGAAUCUAACACCUGCAGCACCUCCAGCAUCAAGAAAUGUGGCAGCUCUGCCACCUGUACCAAAUGGGUCUGCGCCACCUGCUGUAAAGACCCGCAUAUGCAACAAAUUUAAUACUGCUGAAGGUUGCAAAUUUGGUGACAAAUGCCACUUUGCCCAUGGUGAAUGGGAACUUGGGAAGCAAAUUGCUCCAUCAUUUGAUGACCAUCGAGCGUUGGGGCCGACUGCAGCAGGUCGUUUUGGUGGUCGAAUGGAGCCUUCUCCUGGUCCUGCUACAAGUUUUGGUUCCCAUGCCACUGCCAAGAUAAGCGUAGAAGCAUCCCUGGCUGGUGCAAUCAUUGGGAAGGGUGGUGUGAACUCAAAACAGAUAUGCCGCCAAACUGGAGCCAAACUUUCGAUCAGGGAGCAUGAAUCGGAUCCUAAUAUUAGAAACAUUGAACUAGAGGGAAAUUUUGAGCAAAUCAAGGAAGCUAGUAAUAUGGUGAAGGAUUUGCUACUGACCCUGCAAAUGUCUGCAUCAAAAGCUAACCCAGGUGUUCCUGGUGCACCUAUUCGAGAGCAUGGAAGCAAUUUUAAGACGAAGCUGUGCGAGAAUUUUUCCAAAGGGUCUUGCACAUUUGGAGAGAGAUGCCACUUUGCUCAUGGAGCUUCCGAAUUGCGUAAAUCAGUAUGAAGUUUGUGUUUGUGAGGUACAUUAGCCAGAGCUAUUAUUAUUGUUGUGCAUUGCCACUUUAGCAGUACUGAAUGUUAGUUUUGUUGUUGAGUUGCGUUUUAUUUAUAGCUUGUUUUGUUUAUCAAUUGCAACUUCCGCUUAUAUCAUCAAAUUCCUGUUCUCUUUA